AUGAAGCACUGUAUCUGCAAAACAUAUCCACUGGACUACGAUCCCAGAAAGACUCUGGAAAUCCGCAUUACAGAACGUGAAUGCGAUGUUCCUAAUUGUCCCAACAAUUACAAACAUCAGCAGCAAUUCGACGAUCCGGACUGGUCCCUAUACGCGACACCUCAUACAAAUAGAAGCACUCCUCGAUCGAAACAUUUUGAUCAGUCCGUCUUUAGUUACAUUGUGAAAGCUCUCUCGGAUUCCUCUAUCAGUGGCGUAAACAAAGUAUUUGCAUCAAAGACUUCAGUGCAGAGGAUCCUUUGGUUUAUUGUGUUAACAGGUUGCUUAUCAGGUUUUGCUUACCAGACAUACAAGUUCUCUGUGCUGUACAGAAAGAAGCCUUCAGUUGUCCAGAUAGAAGUUGAAAAUGAUGGCCUGGCUGAAUUUCCAGCUAUCACUCUAUGUAACACUAACAGGUUCCGGAAAAGUGAAUAUUGCAAGUACAAAGCAGAGGAGUGUGCAGCCAAUCCUUACAAUUUGACCAUCUCAGAGUUCUAUAUUGGUGAAGUGAUCUUCCAACUGCUUUCUGAGAAAAAUCUGGCAAUGAAAGAGCAGCUGGGACACUCAGCUGAUAUGAUUCAGAGCUGCAUUUUCAAUGGAAUCCCACAGAUGGGAGCAGAGGAAUGCUCACAAAUUCUACAAUAUUCCUAUGAUCCCGACUACGGCAACUGUUGGACUAUACCACCAAGAAAUAGCAAAGGCCACGUCCUGGAGGCGAGGGAGGCAGAUUUCUGGCAGGAAGCUAAUGAUCUUUCUUUGUUGAUUGAUCUGGAGUCCGAUGAAUUCAUGGAGAAAAGACGUCGACCAGGCAUCAUCGUGACAGUACAUGACGACUCCACAGCGCCGGAUAUACACACUGACGGCCACCUCAUUGGAUCAGGGUACAUCUACACAUUCACAAUACAAAAGUUGUGUACGGUGGGGUGUUCUCAGUAUUACCAAAACCUAAAGUGCAAAUUCGUCACUCAGAAUUUAAGCCUUUUCUACAAAGAGCUGCCUUAUGAUCCAGAAAAAAUCACAGAAGAGGAGAGAGUAUGUGCCGAAGCAGAGGAGAAACGGACUCAGGAUUAUUGUAGAAGCAUCUGUGGUCUUCCGUGCAGGGACACUAUAUUUGUUGUCACAUCAAGCCUUACAGAAUUAACCGAAAAAGAAAUAUAUGAACAUCAUAUACAUUCAAGGAUAAAUAGAAGCUGGGAAGAUAAAAGGAGAAAUUUGGCUAUGUUGAAGAUUUACUUUUCCACAUUGGAACAUACGAUUUAUAGGCACAUACCUAAAUACGAUACGAUGGAGCUGUUCAGCUAUUUGGGUGGAUACAGUGGAGUAUGGCUGGGAUUUUCUCUGCUCACAGUGUACGAACUUAUGGAGAUUCUCUUUUACACUGCAAAAUUCGCAUUUCAGAAGCAUCAGAGAGUGGUGCAGCACAGAAAAGUGUUCAGAGGGAUCACCAACACCAAGAAAGCCUCCAGACAUUUCACGAAGAAAAGACGCAUGUACAGAUAAUUUGUCACCUUUUCAUGGGAAAUUAUUUUUGUGAAAAUCUGCCUCUCAUCUUUUCGA